AUGCCAAUCAUAAGCACAAAACAGUAUACCACAUUCAAGACGUUUUGUCAUAAGCUACUCAAGGCAACCCAAAUCUCAUGUGCCUGUGUCAUGAUGGCUCUUUGGUACAUUCAUCGCCUUCACACCGCGUAUCCAUCUGUACGUGCAUCUAUGGGCUCUGAGGCACGUUUGUUCACCACCGCUCUUGUGCUUGCAAACAAGUUUUUGGAUGAUAACACUUACACAAACAAGACAUGGUCAGAUGUUUCGAACAUUCCUGUGCAAGAACUCAAUAUUAUGGAAGUGGAAUUUCUAUCAGCACUCGAUUACAACAUUUACACCCAUCAUCAACAAUUCUUUGCAUGGGUUGCACAAUGCCAACAAUACUGGCAACGACAACCAGCUGCUGCUGCUGCUGCUCCUGCACCACCAGUAGUAGUGCAGCCCCAGCAACAAGCUCAACAUCAGCACCAUCAUCAUCAUCAUCGUACACUGAAAAUGCCGACUACCCGGGUGAAACCCUGUUCAUCAUCAUCAACAUCAUUCAUGGCAUCAUCACAUUCCAUGCCAAACAUGGUGUUCACCAAACGUCCCCAUAUUCCAUAUCACCACCAUCAUCAUCAACCCUAUGUUGUACCACCAGUACCAAGCAAACGUAAUUUUACUACAAGUCGCCAUGUCCCAUGCACUCCACCUGAUGAAGUGUUACCCUAUCAUCUCUGUCAUCAUCCAAUCACGGCAACAACAUCAUCCGCUCAAGUAGCGGCAGCUGCUGCAGCAGCGGCAGCAGCAGCAGCAGCAGCCACGGCAGGAUCCACCGCUGUACCGGCAACCCAUUAUCCGUUGACACCGCUAUACACACCCCAAACACAACAAGAUUCCCGCUACUCAGCGGCUGCACCAUCAUCAUUGCACUGUACAACCAUUCAUCAUCAUCAUCAUCCAUCAUCAUCAACAACAACAACGUCCCAACCCAUUUUGAGCUGGUCCUCAUCCACUUCAGCCUUGGCAUCUUCUCAACAACAACAACAACAACAACAUAAUAACGUACAUACAACUUUCCAUCAUCAGCAACCCAUUCUUUCCGCUGUCCCUAUCCAUCAACCUCCAUCGCAUUUGGCAAGUCGUAUCCGAUGUUUAGAAAUCGACUAG